UGUGGUUACACCGCCUGCCUUCAUCCUCCGCUUUGGGACAUGGACUGUUUUCUAGUGCAUGGAGACCAAGAAGAAACCUAGAAGCUUUACGAUAAUGACUUUAUGAUGAAGCGGUAUUUUUUUAAAACACUAAAAUCAGAUUAUUUAAUGUGUGGUGGAACCGUCCCUCCCUCCCCCAGCUCGCCUCAGUCUUAAAGUGAAAGUGUGCGAGAUGAACAUAAUAACAUUAAGAAGAUUAGCUGGUGAAUGCAAUAACAGAUGAAAGCUGCCUCUUAAAUGCUGUUUUUUAUAUACUGUAUAUAGUGAUAAGUGCUUAUCAAGCUAGGUAAGUUAGUGAUUUUAUUUCUGCUUCAUUUAACAACUGUGGUUUUUUUUUUUUUUUUUAGUAUUUCUUUCUUUUUUCUUCCUUUUUUGGCUGCUUGUCCUGAAGGGAGCGGUCAGCUUGGCACUGUUAGCAAAACUAAUCUCGCCUUGGCAUUAUUGCUGGAAAACACAAUCCAGACUCAUUAAUAGCUAGUUAUCUUUUAACUUGUCAUUUGUCUACAUAUAAGAAAAAAUAUGCUGUGAUUUAGUAGGUGGAUUCAGCUUCAUUGGUAUGUUAAGGAAGGGUUGCCAGAGUAUUCAACUGAGGCUUUAUUUUUUAAAUUCCUUAGAAAUGAUUAUAAAAUUGCAUAAAUAAUUACUAGUUGUGUGGUAGUCUGUAUGUCCCACUGUUUUAAUCAAGCAUAGCAUGGAGUGUAGUGAUUAUUUAAAAUACAUAAAAGCCAGUUAAUGUAAAUGCAAUCAACUUGGCAAGAACAUCAACAAUGAUCAGAUAGCUGCAUAUUAUAUUUGGUAUGUGCCUUUUUAGCCUAUCUAAAUGCAAUGCAUUGAGUGUCGUGAGUUUAUUUAGCUCGAUCUGAUAGAUGAGUGCAGUAUUUAACAGGCUUAUGGGAAAGCUGAGGCAUUAUGAGUGAUCACCAUGAGAAGCCCAGAGUGCUUGAGCAGGUGGAGGCUGCCGGAGACUUGCUGGUGUGUUCACCAGCAUCCGUGCCUCCUGCUCUAGAAACCACCGAAAAAAGCUGUACUAAAGUUAAGAGCAAACCAGGAACCAGGAUCAUGAAGCGAAGUUCGGAUGUGAUUGUGAACAAGCCGCGUACCUGUGCUUCCGGCCAGGCAAAAGGUGCACGCCGCAGGCACGUACAUCCUGUCAAAGGUUCAGGAAAGGCAGAGACGAACGGAGCCGAGGAGGAGGACGAGGAGGACACGGUCAAAACCGUGAGAAAGGCGAGAUCCAUUACGGUGGACACGUCCAAAGCCAAAACGUCUCUUGAGGCGCUCAAGCUCAGCAUCAGACAGCUCAAGUGGAAAGAGUUUCCGAUGGGCAGACGGACAGCAUGUGAUAUUUACUGGCAUGGCGUCUCCUUCCAUGAUAAUGAGAAUAUUGUUUCAGGGCAGGUCAACAAGUUCCCAGGAAUGAUAGAGAUGUUGCGCAAGAUCAACUUAAGUCGAGCGGUGCGCACCAUGCAGCAGCUUUUCCCGGAGGAGUACAACUUCUACCCUCGCUCUUGGAUCCUGCCUGAGGAGUAUCAGCUGUUCUCCACUCAGAUUCGUCUGUUGAAGGACAGUGACUCCAACCUGAAACCCACAUUCAUUGUCAAACCCGACUCCGGCUCCCAAGGCGACGGCAUCUACCUCAUCCGUGACCCUGCUGACCUCCGGACCAUCUCAGGAUCACAAGUCAAGCAGGCGGUGGUUCAAGAGUACAUUCAGAAACCGCUUCUCAUCGACAAGCUCAAGUUUGACAUUCGCCUUUAUGUUCUUGUCCGUUCUCUGGAUCCUUUAGAAAUCUACAUUGCCAAAGAAGGCCUUUCCAGAUUUUGCACCGAACCCUACCAGGAACCGAACCAGAAAAACCUCAAUCAUGUGUUCAUGCAUUUAACAAACUACUCGCUGAACAUUCACAGUGGAAAAUUUGUGCACUCAGACAGCUGCAACACAGGAAGCAAGCGCACGUUUUCCAGUGUCCUUUAUCGUCUCGCCUCCAAAGGAGUGGACAUCAAGAAGGUUUGGUCAGAUAUCAUAGCGCUGGUGAUCAAGACAGUUAUCGCACUUGUUCCUGAAUUGAAGGUCUAUUACCAAGCUGAUAUACCACCAGGCAAACCAGGGCCUACUUGUUUCCAGAUCCUGGGAUUUGACAUCCUGUUGAUGAAGAACUUGAAGCCUGUUCUGCUGGAGGUCAACGCCAAUCCAAGCAUGAGGAUUGAACAUGAACAGGAGGUGUCACCUGGUGUUUUUGAGUACGUACCUAGUCCAGUAGACGAGGAAGUCAAAGUAGGUGUCAUUAGAGAUACACUGCGCCUAAUGGAUCCGAUCCAGAAGAAGCCACCCACAUCAAACCUCCUGGGCAGAACUCCAGAAGAAGCCAUCAUCAUGGAAGCCGGACCACAUGAGAAGGCAGAACUCAUUGAGUCACUUCCAUCUCUGUGUUUAAAACAAGUCUUCCCCAAGUACAUGAAGCAGUUCAACUACCUGCGACUAUUAGAACGAAUUGCUGACAUUUUCUUGCGCUUCCUCGGGGUCAAAGGAACCAUGAAACUCGGCCCGACCAGUUUCCGCACUUUCAUCAGGAAUUGCAAGCUGAGUAACAACAGUUUCACCAUGGCGUCGGUGGACAUCCUCUACAUCGACAUCACCCGACGCUGGACUGGUGCCUUCUCUGACUCCAGAGAAACUGGAAUGGGGCUGCAGGCAUUCGUGGAGGCAUUUUUCUUCUUGGCCUCACGCAGGUUUAAGGCGACACCGCUGAGGGAACAAGUGCUCUCGCUGCUGGAGCUGUGCGAAGCCGCGCUCGAGGGGGAGGGACACGAUGAGAAGCCACGCCCUUCGAAAUCCCACCCCAGUCUCAAUUCUGUUCACGUUCCAAGCACGCUCAACUCCCCCGCUGCCUCUCGCCGUCUUCAGGCUCUGCAGACUUCUGCGAAAGGAAACGUGGAGAACUGGGAGGCUGAACCACACACCACUUCUUAAAACAGGAAGCAAUAACAGAGGAAAAAGAACACACCGGUGUCCCACAUUAUCUCAUCUGAAAUUUUUUUUUUUUGCAUGGCAUCAUAUAAAAGUCAUACAUGUGAUUAGAAGCAAAAUAAAAUAUCUGAUGUAAAAAUCAUAUAACUGAUUUUUACAUAUGAAGUAACUACUCACUGCACCUGGGAUUGCUUUAGGAAUUUAUAGAGAUGACGACGUCUUUUGUGUACGUAAAUGUGAUAAUCACAUCUAUGACCUGAGAAUUUUGUUGUUUGUGUUACACCAACACACAGACAACAAGAGGCAGCUAACGCAUCUUUAUUUGUUGUGCGCUUUUGAUGCCAGGGUUUAGAGGUUGUCACUCGUGUGUAUUCUGAAAUUGAAAAUUGUACUAUGUUGCUAAAACAGUCUGUUGAAGCUGAAGGAAGGAAAAGUGCAAAUCAUUUUAUUGCAGAAUCAGGGAUGAGCAAACUCUACACACUGAUUUUCACUUCUGACAAGCAGCUAACUACAAUGCGGCCGACGACUAACCCACAACAGCGGCCUUAUAAUGAAAUAAUGGUGUUCUCGCCAUGACACUGAGUGCACUAAACGUUUACUUCAACUACUGUGUCUGUGUGUGUGUGUGUGUGUGUGUGUGUGUGUAUACUAGUGCAUCUCAAAAAAUUAGAAUAUUGUGAAAAAGUUCAAUAUUUUUCAUCAGUUAUUUAAGAAAGUGAAAGUUAUAUAUUAUAGACUCAUUACACAUAAACUAAAAUGUUUCAAGCAUUUUUCUAGUUUAAUUUUAAUCAGUAUGGCAUGCAGUACAAAAUCAUAAAAAAAACCCCAUCUCAAAAUAUUAGAAUAUUUCAUUUUGAGUUUGAGUAAAACAGUAUGAACACAGUGUAUCUCUCAGUCUAGUUCAGCACACACAACCACAAUCAUGGGGAAGACUGCUGACUUGACUGUUGUCCAGAAGAUGAUCACUGAUGCCCUCCACAAGGAGGGUAAGCCACAAAAGGUCAUUGCUGAAAAGGGUGGCUGGAGAAGGUGCACUAGCAGGAGGGAUGGCCGCAGUCUUGAGAGGAUUGUCAAGAAAAGUUGAUUCAAGAGCUUGGGAGAGCUUCACAAGGAGUGGACUGAGGCUGGUGUCAGUGUAUCAAGACCCAUCACGAACAGACAUCGUCAAGAAAGGGGAUACAACUUUCGCAUUCCUAAUAUCAAGCUACUCCUGAGCCAGAGACAAUGUCAGAAGUGUCUUAUCGAGGCUAAGGAGCGAAAGAAAUGGACUGUUGCUCAGUGGUCCAAAGUCAUCUUUUCAGAUGAAAGUACAUUUUGCAUUUAAUUUGGAAAUCACGGUUCUAGAGUCUGGAGGAAGAGUGGAGAGGCACAGAAUCCAAGGUGUUUGAAGCCCAGUGUGAAGUUUCCACAGUCUGUGAUGAUUUGGGGUGCCAUGUCAUCUGCUGGUGUUGGUCCACUGUCUUUUAUCAAGUCCAAAGUCAACACAGCCAUCUACCAGGAGAUUUUAGAGCACUUCAUGCUUCCAUCUGCUGACGAGCUUUUUGGAGAUGCUGAUUUCCUUUUCCAGCAGGACUUAGCACCUACCCACAGUGCCAAAACUACUACCAAAUGGUUUGCUGACCAUGAUAUUACUGUGUUUGAUUGGCCAGUAGGGUGCAUCAGUUGCCCUCACUUUCAUAAAAUCUGAUGCAUUUUUGUUUGGGUGUUCCUUUUCACCAAUAAAGACAUCCUGUAAAAUUUUUUGACCAUAUUCAAAAGUCUAAUGGUGGCACCAUGAGGUUCAUUUUUUGCCAAAAAUGCUUAUUUUAUGUUUUCGCGUAAGGUUUGAAUCACAAUGUUGGACUCCAUUUAUUGAUUUCUUGUGACCCAGAGAUCAUGUUAAGAACCUUUGCAAGGGAUUGAGAAGCAUUAAUGUGAUUCAUAAUACAUUUGUGUUGUUUAAAAGUAGUUGAACAAUGAUUCAAUGAACAGCUAAAACUCCAACUGUGCUUGAUAAUAUAUUUAGAAUACAGUG